UGAAGGCAACUCCAGUUGGGAUGGCAACAUCAGCAUUUCUAAGGGCCGUGGGGGGUCCAGCCCUGCUGGGGGCACCCUAGCCUCCCACAGCCCACCGUCUGUGCACCUGCCCCCUGCCCAUUUGAGGGCCACUCGCCAUGGGCGGCUGCUUCUCCAAGCCCAAGCCAGUGGAGCUCAAGAUCGAGGUGGUGCUGCCUGAGAAGGAGCGGGGCAAGGAGGAGCUGUCAGCCAGCGGGAAGGGCAGCCCCCGGGCCUACCAGGGCAACGGCACUGCCCGCCACUUCCACUCGGAGGAGCGUCUGCCUGCCCCGCACCCCUACCCCGGUGCUCAGGACUGCGUGGAGGCCGCUGUCUGCCAUGUCAAGGACCUCGAGAAUGGCCAGAUGCGGGAAGUGGAGCUGGGCUGGGGGAAGGUGUUGCUGGUGAAGGACAACGGGGAGUUCCAUGCCCUGGGCCACAAGUGUCCGCAUUACGGUGCACCCCUGGUGAAAGGCGUGCUGUCCCGGGGCCGGGUGCGCUGCCCCUGGCAUGGCGCCUGCUUCAACAUCAGCACCGGGGACCUGGAGGACUUCCCUGGCCUGGACAGUCUGCACAAGUUCCAGGUGAAGAUUGAGAAGGAGAAGGUGUACGUCCGGGCCAGCAAGCAGGCCUUGCAGCUGCAGCGAAGGACCAAGGUGAUGGCCAAGUGCAUCUCUCCAAGUGCUGGCCACAGCGGCACCAACGUGCUCAUUGUGGGCGCAGGUGCUGCCGGGUUGGUGUGUGCGGAGACCCUGCGGCAGGAGGGCUUCUCAGACAGGAUCGUCCUGUGCACGCUGGACAGGCACCUCCCCUAUGACCGGCCCAAGCUCAGCAAGUCCCUGGACGCCCAGCCUGAGCAGCUGGCCCUGAGGCCUAAGGAGUUCUUCCGAGCCUAUGGCAUCGAGGUGCUCACGGAGGCUCAGGUGGUCACAGUGGACGUGAGAAACAAGAAGGUCGUGUUCAAGGACGGCUUCAAGCUGGAGUACAGCAAGCUUCUGCUGGCUCCCGGGAGCAGCCCUAAGACCCUGAGCUGCAAAGGCAAAGAGGUGGAGAACGUGUUUACCAUCCGGACGCCUGAGGAUGCCAAUCGCGUGGUGAGGCUGGCUCGGGGCCGCAACACAGUGGUCGUGGGAGCCGGUUUCCUAGGGAUGGAGGUGGCUGCCUAUCUGACGGAGAAGGCCCACUCGGUGUCCGUGGUGGAGCUGGAGGAGACACCGUUCAGGAGGUUCCUGGGGGAGCGUGUAGGUCGUGCCCUCAUGAAGAUGUUUGAGAACAACCGGGUCAAGUUCUACAUGCAGACAGAGGUGUCGGAGCUGCGGGCCCAGGAGGGAAAGCUGAAGGAGGUCGUGCUGAAGAGCAGCAAGGUGGUGCGGGCUGACGUCUGUGUGGUGGGCAUUGCUGCAGCCAAGCUUGGGGAGGCGAGAAGGAGUAGCCCCUUAUGUGAGGGGUCCCCAGAGAGCAAGGGCAGGCAGUGCAGGGGCGGUGGGGGCUCGUGUCGGGCUUUCACUCUCCUGGGUCCCGCAGGACGCGUGGCGGCCCAGAACAUGCUGGCGCAGGAGGCGGAGAUCUGCACGGUGCCCUACCUGUGGACAGCCAUGUUCGGCAAAAGCCUGCGCUACGCGGGGUACGGAGAAGGCUUCGACGACGUCAUCAUCCAGGGGGAUCUGGAGGAGCUGAAGUUCGUGGCUUUUUACACCAAAGGUGACGAGGUGAUCGCCGUGGCCAGCAUGAACUACGAUCCCAUUGUGUCCAAGGUGGCUGAGGUGCUGGCCUCGGGCCGUGCCAUCCGGAAGCGGGAAGUGGAGACCGGCGACAUGUCCUGGCUCACAGGGAAAGGAUCCUGAGCUUGCAUGCAGCAGACUUGGGCAGGCAUGCUCGGGCACCAGGGACAGAGACCAAGCCCUGGGGGCAGGUGCCAACCUCCAAUUUCCCAGGAUCCCCCAGGGCAGAACCUGAGCCCUUCCAGUGCUUGCCGUCAGCUGCCUGGCUCACCUCCAAAGAGGCCUCCACUGUUUCCAAGAGAUGCUCACCACCCAAGGCCUCGACUGCCACCAAUGGCUGGCAGCGGAGGUGGGACAGGCCCUGCCUCAUCUCCCUCUAUUGGGACUGAUCCCCUGUAGGACCCUGCAACAUAUUAGACAUUAUCUCAAAAUUAAAACGCACACAUUUGCA